AAUUAGUUGAAAAUCACACGAAAGUCGCUCAAUAACUUGCGUAACAAGAACAAAAUGGAUUACGAAACACUAGAGAUCGAAGACCCAAAUGAUCAUAACAUUCCCGUUGAUGAUAACUACUUAGUGGAGCCAGGUUGGGCUGCAUUCUUCUCCCUCCUAGCCGUGUACGCCAUCUUAUUUUCCAUCGACAAUUUAGCUUUUUGUCAGGCCAACUUCUUAAUCCAAUCUAUAUCCGUCUCCUCCUCCUCUGCUGAAUCGUUGUGGAUUGUAUAUUUCUUUGUGAAGAAACCUAGCUUUAGGUGUUCUAUCUCUUAUGAACGCGAAUAUGUGUCGGCCAAUCUUGGUCCCCUGAAAAGUGCCAUUGUAAAUGUAUCUCACAACCAACGUUCCAAUGGUCACACAGAUUUUUUUGUGGCUUUCGAGGCUAAGACUGAGGAUAUUGGACCCGCCAAUGGAAGCGACGUUUUUUCAGGUGUCCACAAUCUUAAUAUUACACUCCUCAUGAAGCACAAACAAUUUGCAGCGAACAACAAACCAGGACAUUUGAUUGUUCAGUGUAGAAAUCUUACCGUUGUGUUCUCAUCGGAUAUGAAGUCGGGAACAAUGCUCGGUGACAAGAAGAUUGAAUGGCUAAUCAACAUUAGCAGAUGUUACUUAGACCUAUUCGUCGACUCUGUCUCCGUCUCCAACAAUACGAACUGGAGCGUCUCAUUGGUUGCUGAUAGUCCUUACACAUUUUGUCAAUUGUCUCUCUUCACAGUUAACGGCCAUCUCCUCCAGGGAGGUAAGGUUAUGGCAGAAUCAACCACACCCUACACUUAUCAGCAAUUAGUUAACCACACACCUAUUUCAACAGUCGCCUUCACCACGCGGAAGCUAUAUGGAGUAAAAGAAGGCCAUGUGAUUUGGGACACCGCGGUCAAGAUCAUUGCCCGCAUUGAAGUGGGUACAAGUCUUAAGAAAAAUGGAUUGCUGAGGGUGACGUGCAGUGAUUUGCCGGUUAGGUUUUGGUUGGAUCCAGAAGGGAACAUGAAGGGAUCGUUGGUCGGAAACCGGAAACGUUGCAAUUACUUAUUUAAGAGCAGUUUGGAUCAAUCUCGUUAGCUCCGGGCUAGCUUUUGGUUGG